AUGGCGCUACUCUUCCUAGUGUCGUUAGCGGUUAUCGUUCAGGGAUACGGGAAGAGCAACGACCCAAACAACGAACCCUUUCUACCGAUAUAUCCGAUUUACCCCUACAGCCCUAAAUUGAUUAAGAGAGGAGCCGAGAAGGAGAGCGUCACGCAGUUAUCUUCGGAAUUAGACGCGCCCAAAGCUGACGCUAAGGACUCCUACAGCACCAGCUUUAACGCAAAUCACCCUCGAGAUCCUUAUUAUCCUAAUUAUCACCCAUAUCCCAAGGUUUCUGCGUCAUCCAGUUACGCGUUUCACGGUUCCCAUCCUUACCGUUAUCCGGUAGAGCCUUACAACGUAUAUAACCCUUAUCCAUCCCCGUACGCGGUACCACCGCCACCGUCUUACACACCGAUACAUUACUCUACCUCUUAUCCCAACUACUAUUAUCAACCUCCCUAUUACUACCCCAAUUAUUACAGCCAGCCUCUAUUUCCCUCGCCACCGUUGCCACCGCCUGCUGUCGAUUACAGCGAUACGUAUUCCGACUCGGAAACCAACGGCAAGAGUAAGAAACAAAGCGGGGAUAAGAGGUACAGAAGCAACGAGGGAAGUCAGUUCGUCGAUGGAAUGAACUACAUUUCCGAGAACCAGAAGGAUCUCGAUAGCCAAUCGAGCACUUAUAAAGCGACCAGUUUGCAGAAUCAGCUGGCACAAACGAGCGACCUGCAGAUAAAGAAACUUUUCUUGCCGAAAACGACCUACAGAGUGAUCAGUGUCGCUGGACAACCGGUAGGCCCAGACUAUCCUCUGCCAGCGGCUUACGUAAAGGCUCAGCAGUUGGAGGAGCUGAUGAACCGCAAUUGGAUGAAAGUAUUGGCGCAAAAUUUGCAACAGGUCUCGGAAUACUCUGCAUCGGAAUCGAACAAACACGUUGCGACUCCGACGAACGAUAACCAAGACCAGAACGAUCGGAGCAAAGAUACGCGCUACGUAUCGGUCCCUAAUAUUAUCGCUAAGACUGGACUCACUUACGUCCUAAAUCCGCAAAAUAUUCUCGAAAAGUUGAACGUCGGACAGACGCCUAGUCCCAUCGUUCAGACCCCAAAGACUCGGUUGAAAAAUAUCAGGUAUCCAUCUCUGAACCCAGGGGUGUAUACCGCGAUCGAGAAGCCCCAGAAGGAUCAAACCGAGACGAACGAGUACGAUAAUUACGAGACCUCGUCUUCCCAGGAUAACCAAGAUUACGACGGUUCCUUGAAUCAGUCUGACAAGCCGCAACAAAAUUACGGGCUAGACACUGACCAGUCUUAUCAGAAUCAAAAUUAUGUCACCGCGCAAACGCCGCGAAACUACAACUACCAGUACAAUAACUAUAACACGCCGCAGACGGUGAUUCAGCGUCAGUCGCAGCUGUACAAGAAUACCGUAGACAAUGUAAAUUUCGGUGCUAAAACGAAAAAGGGUUAA